AUGGGUAUCGAAGAGAAUUUCUCUAAAGUUUACUUAAUAAAUAUGAAGUUGGCAUCAAAAUAUAUUAAAAUCUCUGAUGGAUAUCGCAAACAUAUUCCGUAUAAGGAAGAUAUAGACUUUUUUGGUUCACCUUGCUUUGCAUCUCUUAACAGACAUUUGGGCACAAUUGCAUCUAGACGGGAUGAUCUAGAAUCUUAUGUAUAUAUACUUUUAUAUUUUCUUAAAGGGAAUUUACCUUGGCAGAUGUAUUAUGAACUUGAAAAGAUUCUGGAAAUCAAGAUAUCGAUUUCAACAGAGAUUCUUUGUCAUGGAUUACCUACUCAAUUCGCAACCGUACUCAAUUAUUGUCGCACUCUAAGAUUUGACGAUAAACCUGAUUAUUUGUUUAUUCGGCAUCUCUUUCGUGAUUUAUUCAAAUCCUUGGCCUAUAAAGAAGAUUGGAAUUUUGAUUGGAUGUCGCGUUACUACGCAAAGCGGCACUAG